AGGGAGCGGCCGCCGUGCGUUCCCGGGUCCGGGCGGAGCUGCGCAAUCGUCUCGCAUCUGUGCUAGGACUGCCGGCAGCGGUGCCCACAAGUUGCCGGCAGCCCAGCUCAGCGCCGCCUCCUCCAGCUCGCAGCCCCCUGCGCCCACCGGCGGCGGCCGGAGCCUGGACGCACAGCUCGCCCACGCUCACCCCAGAUGUGACAGCGGGACCGCGGUCCCUCAUUCCCUGGGCGCGCGAUCCAGAGUCUCACCAGCGUCUCCUCUGCAAAAACAAACAAACAAACAAAAAAAACAAAAAACAAACCCACAGCUGGAAGAUGUGGCAGCCGGCCACCGAGCGCCUGCAGCACUUUCAGACCAUGCUGAAGUCUAAGUUGAAUGUCCUCACACUGAAAAAGGAACCUAUACCAGCAGUCAUCUUCCACGAGCCGGAGGCCAUUGAGCUGUGCACCACCACACCGUUGAUGAAGACGAGGACUCACAGUGGCUGCAAGGUCACCUACCUGGGGAAGAUCUCCACCACAGGCAUGCAGUUUCUGUCAGGCUGCACUGAAAAGCCAGUCAUUGAGCUGUGGAAGAAGCACACACUGGCCCGCGAAGAUGUCUUCCCAGCCAAUGCCCUCCUGGAGAUCCGCCCAUUCCAAGUGUGGCUACAUCACCUGGACCACAAGGGCGAAGCCACGGUGCACAUGGAUACCUUCCAGGUGGCUCGCAUUGCCUACUGCACCGCUGACCACAACGUGAGCCCCAACAUCUUCGCCUGGGUGUACAGAGAGAUCAACGAUGAUUUGUCCUACCAGAUGGACUGCCACGCGGUGCAGUGCGAGAGCAAGCUGGAGGCCAAGAAGCUGGCGCACGCCAUGAUGGAGGCUUUCAGGAAGACUUUCCACAGUAUGAAGAGCGACGGGCGGAUCCACAGGAGCAGCUCGUCCGAAGAGGCUUCCCAGGAAUUGGAAUCUGAGGAUGGCUGAAGGAACUUGAGACGCACGGGAGAAGGCAGCAUUUGGGCAAGGAGUUUCAGGUGUUAGAUGCGGACGCAAGGAUUCAAAUUUGGUAUGAAAAGACUGCCACACUAUUGGCUGGCCAUGCUUUUUAAAUUCAGAAGAGCAAUUCUAAAUCUAAAGAAAUGUAUCAAUAAUUAUGUGACAUUGAAAUCUGCUGCUGCUGUGACCCAUGAGGAGGGUGGGAAUGUGAAUGGGGAGGAAGGUUCUAGACUCAAAAACUUUUUUUCCCUCAUAUUCUAACACCUAUUGGUGGAGAUCGUGCCUGUUUUCGUCAUUCUCAGGCAAAUACUCCGCAGCUGCCAUUUGCUGGAAUAGUCCAGUCUGCCUUAUGAAGUCCAACAAGAGUAUUAGAGGCCACUCUGGGCCCUCUAGUGGGGUGGAGUGUGAUGAUGUGAAGGCAGCAGGAUGCGAGGGACACCUGGGGGUGACCACGCGCUCCUCUCCCAUGGCAUGUUGCAGACCCCCUCCUCACCAUGUGAAUCAGCACAGCUUGGAUUGAGCUUUACAACUAACAGUGCACUAGUUGGCAGUUAAUUCACAGUUAAAGAUAAUGCUUUUAUUUACGUGAAUAUAUCCAGUAUUACCCUCCUUUAUACUCACUUCAUCUAUUUUCUUAGAAUAUUUGCAACUAAUGAUCUUGUCUCCUUCUGCCUCUGCCCAUCUCUUUUACCCUUCCAGUCCCCUUAAAGAGCUCAACAUAUAUCACAGGACACCGAAAGGGAAGAUAACAUUCAAGUAAAUGAAUAAACAGAAAACAACCAGAAGUUGCAAACAACUGAAACCCCAGACAAAAGGGAACGGGUGAUCAAACUCUUUGGAGGCUGUCCUCUGUUAAGCCCUGAUUUGUAGUAACUAACUUGGUUAAUGGUCCUGAUGGAUGAAUCCUUCAUGGGAAUUUUCAAAUUCAACUUGGCAUUUCCUAGGGUGUCUUGUCCCUAUAAUUCAGCAUUUUACUCAGUAGAGAAUAUGGAAAAUCAACUCAGCUUGUCUAGAAACCCCAAAUCCAGCUUGAAACCUAAAGGGAAAUCAUAGCUUGUUGUCUUAAAAUCACUGCUAUCUUAGAGUCAGGAUUGCCCCUUUGGUUGUUAAUUCUGAUGAGAAAUUCUCACAAUAGCUCGAGAUCGCAUGGUUUCACAGAUCUUUGGAUGUCAUAAAGAAUCAACAUGGAAUGAAAUGUAAAGUAUUUGUUAAAAUAUACACAUUUAAGGCAGAGAGAAAAUAAUCUACUUUUCAAGUAAUACAGCUCCUUUAAAAAGUCUGUUUUUGUUCGUGGUGAAGUUAGGGGCAAGGAGGCACCUUAGAAGCCUUAAAUGAGAGCUAAUAGAAUCCAGACAGUGAUGGUGUUGGCAUCUGUAUACCAGUGUGUCCACGUACGCAUUUGUGUGUGUGUGUACAUAUGUCCUCAUGUGUGGAUCCAGUUUCAAGGCAUGUACAAUAAGCAUGGAGUCGUAUUGGUGAGGACUCACCUCCUGAAGAUAAGAUAUGCUUGUUGCUUUAUGACAUAUGUAAACUAUUCUUUAGCGUAAAUGCAUUCACUCUUUAAUAAAAAUAUGUUUGUGUUAAUGAA